CUGAGCCUCUCCCCCGAGUGGCCGAGCCCCAGGCUACCCGCCCUGUGAGGAGGCCCCGCCUCCCCAGCGGGUGCCUGGUCUCCGCAGCGUGGGGCUGGCGGGGCUCUGGCUGACCGGACACCUCUGUCUCCAGAGAGAGACGCGCUCUGCGCUGGAGGGACAGAGCCUGGCCACAGGGUCCCGGCCUGGGGCUCUGGCCUGAGGGAGCCGCUUUGGCCGUUUGAAUUCGCCCUUCAGAGCACGAGAUGUGACCGCGAAUAAGGAAAUAAACCCUGUUACCUGAUCACAGAUCCUGGGUUGUCUGUAACCCUGGGACUGGCAUAAGGAAUCCAGUCUCACAUGGAUCAUGAGUAUGAUUGAAAUCCAGAGUCUUCAGAUCCACAGCCAAGACCUGUUCUGCUUAACAAUUCCUCCUUCUAUUGGUGUUGUCCUGGAAAUGAGCUGCUACGUCCCUGCUACCUCUAUUUUACAGCUGUUGUGGCCUCCCAAGAGAUGAAUGAAGUUCUGCAAGCACUGAAUCCUCUCCCCAUACAGCGAUCAGAUCCAGUACCUCCCUCACGGUCCAUGCUGGUGCUCUUUUUCGAUUAUCAGCCUGCAUGGUUACCUGUGCUGAUGAGCUAUCUGUGGUUACCUGUGCUCUCCACGCUGGGCAAACAGGAAAUGAAAUUCAAAUGUUCGUGGGGCUUUUCCUGUCUACCUGGCCAGUGCAUCCGAGUUUAGAUUGCUGUCCAGAGCGGUCACAAUGAUGCACUGUGGGAUAGCUCCCGGAGGCCAAUACCAUCGAAUUGCGGCCACACUAUCCCUAAUUCGAAAUGUUAAAAUCGAUUUUGGCGCUACUCCGCUCGUCGGGGUGGAGUACAGAAAUCGAUUUAAAGGGCCCUUUACAUCGAAAUAAAUAGCGUUGUUGUGUGGACGGUUGCAGGGUAAAUUCGAAUUAAAGCUGAUAAAUCCGAAUUAAAGUCGUAGUGUAGACCAGGCCUUAGACUCACACGGCUACCCCUCUGAUACUUGACACCACGCAAGGCACUGCAUUUAGCCGUAUGGAAUGGAAAUCUAUCAACCUCAUGAAGAAACUUGCACAAAUACAGACAGAUAUCCUCUUCCUUUCCAAAUGCAAACGGAUGGACAUCAUACCAAAUGGACUGAAGGUGAAAAAUCCAUUGCUAUCUACAUACUGCACAGACCACAGUGAGAGAUUAUGCCAUACAUUAUCAAAGAAACUGAGGAACCACCUGAUCAGCAUCCUAUACAGCAAACAGAAAAACAUCAAGAAAGAGCUCUCCAACCUGGAGACUUUCAUAAAUAACCAACCCUCCACACAAAUGGACUUGUCUAAAAUAGGACAGGAGAUCUACAUUACACACUUCACCUCUCUACAAAGGAAAAAGGACUGUAAGCUGUCUAAAAUCCUACCUGCCACAUGGGGCCACAACAGGGGUACCCCUAACUCACCCAGCAAUAUCGUCAAUUUAUCCAGCUACACACUCAACCCAGCAGAAGAGUCUGUCCUAUCUCGGGGACUCUCUUUUUGCCCCAGCACCCCCACGAACAUGAUACGGUUCUGUGGUGAUCUGGAAGCCUACUUUCGCCGCCUCCGACUCAAAGAAUACUUUCAUGAUAACACUGAACAGCACACUGAUACACAGAUACCCUCCCACCAACAACACAGGAAGAAGAACUCCACAUGGACUCCUCCUGAGGGUCGAAAUGACAGUCUGGACUUAUACAUAGAAUGCUUCUGCCGACGUGCACAGGCAGAAAUUGUGGAAAAACAACAUCGUUUGCCUCAUAACCUAAGUCGUGCAGAACGCAAUGCCAUCCACAGCCUCAGAAACCACCCUGACAUUAUCAUCAAAGAGGCUGAUAAAGGAGGUGCUGUUGUCAUCAUGAACAGGUCUGACUACCAGAAGGAGGCUGCCAGACGACUCUCCAAUACCAAAUUCUACAGGCCACUUUCCUCAGAUCCCACUGAGGAAUACACUAAGAAACUGCACCAUCUACUCAGGACACUCCCUACACUAACGCAGGAGCAAAUCAACAUACCCUUAGAGCCCCGACCGGGGUUAUUCUAUCUACUACCUAAGAUCCACAAACCUGGAAAUCCUGGACGCCCCAUCAUCUCGGGCAUUGGCACUCUCACUGAAGGACUGUCUGGAUAUGUGGACUCCCUACUCAGACCCUAUGCCACCAGCACUCCCAGCUGUCUCCGUGACACCACAGAUUUCCUGAGAAAACUACAAUGCAUUGGUGACCUCCCAGAAUACACCAUCCUAGCCACCAUGGAUAUAGAGGCUCUCUACACAAACAUCCCACAUACAGAUGGAAUACAAGCUGUCAGGAACAGUAUCUCUGAUGACGACACAGCACAACUUAUUGCUGAGCUCUGUGACUUUAUCCUCACGCACAAUUAUUUCAAAUUUGGUGACAAUAUAUACCUCCAGACCAGUGGCACCGCUAUGGGCACCCGCAUGGCCCCACAAUAUGCCAACAUUUUUAUGGCUGACCUGGAACAACGCUUCCUCAGCUCUCGUCCACUCAUGCCCCUUCUCUACCUACGCUAUAUUGAUGACAUCUUCAUCAUCUGGACCCAUGGGAAGGAGACCCUGGAAGAAUUCCACCAUGCUUUCAACAGCUUCCACCCCACCAUCAACUUCAGCCUGGACCAAUCUACACGGGAGGCCCACUUCCUAGACACCACCGUACAAAUAAGCGAUGGCCACAUUAACACCACCCUAUACCGAAAACCCACCGACCGCUACGCCUACCUUCAUGCCUCCAGCUUCCACCCCGGUCACACCACAUGAUCCAUCGUCUACAGCCAAGCACUGAGGUACAAUCGCAUCUGCUCCAACCCCUCAGACAGAGACCAACACCUACAAGAUCUUCACCAAGCAUUCUCAAAACUACGAUACCCACACAAGGAAAUAAAGAAACAAACCAACAGAGCCAGACGUGUACCCAGAAGCCUCCUGCUACAAGAGAAACCAACAGAACUCCACUGGCCAUCACCUACAGUCCUCUGCUUAAACCUCUCCAACGCAUCAUCGGUGAUCUACAACCCAUCCUGGACAAUGAUCCCUCACUUUCACAGACCUUAGGAGGCAGGCCAGUCCUCACCCACAGACAACCUGCCAACCUUAAGCAUAUUCUCACCAGCAACCACGCACCGCACCACAACAACUCUAACUCAGGAACCAACCCAUGCAACAAACCUCGAUGCCAACUCUGCCCACAUAUCUACACCAGCAACACCAUCACAAGACCUAACCAGAUCAGCUACAACAUCACCGGCUCAUUCACCUGCACGUCCACCAAUGUUAUAUAUGCCAGCAAUGCCCCUCUGCUAUGUACAUUGGCCAAACUGGACAGUCACUACGCAAGAGGAUAAAUGGACACAAGUCAGAUAUCAGGAAUGGCAAUAUACAAAAACCUGUAGGAGAACACUUCAACCUCCCUGGCCACACAAUAGCAGAUGUAAAGGUAGCCAUCUUACAGCAAAAAAACGUCAGCACCAGACUCCAAAGAGAAACUGCUGAGCUCCAGUUCAUUUGCAAAUUUGACACCAUCAGAUCAGGAUUAAACAAAGACUGUGAAUGGCUAUCCAACUACAGAAACAGUUUCUCCUCCCUUGGUGUUCACACCUCAACUGCUAGCAGAGCACCUCACCCUCCCUGAUUGAACUAACCUCGUUUUCUCCACACUGAUUUAUACCUGCCUCUGGAGAUUUCCAUUACUUGCAUCUGAAGAAGUGAGGUUCUUACCCACGAAAGCUUAUGCUCCCAGUACUUCUGUUAGUCUCAAAGGUGCCACAGGACCCUCUGUUGCUUUUUACAGAUUCAGACUAACACGGCUACCCCUCUGAUAUUCCGCAUCUAAGCAUGCAUGCCUAACCCUCCUCUCCCAACGAGCCCGCACCGAAAAAAUUCCUUCCCGGAGGGGGGGGGAGCACUUACCGGGAACGUGCUCUUCUGUUUGUCCUCCACCAAGUACCGCCCGCUGCAACUGGCUACCUUCCUGCUGGCUCGAGAAGAGCUCCUGGCUGCAUGCCUCCAGGGAUUCCGGGGUGUCUCCAUCUGGCCCACCACCAUCACUCCUGUUUUGUUCUCCCCCCCCCUCCCCUCGGGCUCUGAAGUGUCCAUGGUGGUGCUCGGAGUGGAGGUGGGGUUAACCCCAAGUAUCACCUCCAGCUCUUUGUAGAAUCGGCAGGUUGUGGGGGGAGCACCCGAGCGGCCGUUUGCAUCGCGGGCUUUGUGGUACGCGUGCCGGAGCUCCUUCACUUUAAUCCUGCACUGCAGGGCGUCCCAGUCAUGGCCCCUUUCCAUCAUGUCCUUUGAUACCUUCCCGAAGGUAUCGUAAUUCCUACGGCUGGAGCGCAGCUGGGACUGUACAGCUUCCUCCCCCCAAACACUGAUGAGGUCCAGCAACUCGCCAUGGCUCCAUGCUGGGGCUCGCUUGGCACGUGGAGGCAUGGUCACCUGGAAAGAUUUCGCUGAUAGCACUCCACACCACGCCGGGCUGAGCAAACAGGAAGGGGAUUUUUAAAAUUCCCGGGGAAUGUAAAGGGUCGGUCACAUGGUUGGUUACGUGAGGCCAGGGCAGUAGAGUUUGAACGGAUAACCAGAGUGGCUAGAACAGGCAUUGUGGGAUACUGCCGAAUAAUUCCGGAGGCCAUUCACAGCGCUUUGGGGGGGCCACACUGGCGCUGCAGCGGCAGCGCAAUACUCGCUAUUCCUCUCGGAGAGGUGGAGUACAUGCAGCGCUGCAACCACGGAGAUACAGCGCUGCAAAUUCCUUGCUAGUGUGGACGGGGAAUGAGUUACAGCGCUGGGGGAGCCUUUACAGCGCUGUAACUCGCAAGUGUAGCCAAGGCCUAAGUGGGAGAGGGACCACGUGUUUGGGUUUCAAAGGGUUUGUUAUGUUUAGGGGACAACUGAACUAUUUAGUUCUUGGGUAAAAGAUCAGUGACUGGUGGGUGCAGGUGCCCUGCAUAACUAUACAAUAACAUCACCACAGCAUUUGCCCCCCUACCAGUGCAGAGGGUGUUACUUACCUAAUGUUUCUAACCUGGUUAGUCUGAUAUCUAGUUUUCUGUCCCCCUGCCCCUCUCAAAGGAGCGGCGGGGGGAACAGACUAAGCUCUGUGGUGCAAAGGCUGCUUCUCAAGCUAUGUCUGUGCUGUGCCUGACGCAAUGGCUCCGUAACCUCAACUGGGUUUCCAGGUGCUACUGUGCUAUUAUUAAUAAUAAUAAAGACUCCAACCCCCUAACUCUGCUCUUCUACCUCUUUCCUGCCCUUUGUCUUUGUUGUAGAACUUGAAUCCUUGGUGCCACAGAGCUCCUUGUCCCCCACUGACUCUGGGAGGGGAAGAUGCAGAAAUCUAAAAUUAACAUCAGCAGAGAGUCCUGUGGCACCUUG